CAAAAGGCCGUGGACAGCACGUAGAUAAAUUUACUUUUUUUUUCGCUUUUACUACAAUCUAUAACUAAAUGGUGAUGUUUUAUAACUAGAACAAAAUUAAACAUCUACAUCUGUUAGACAAGCGAAUUCUGUUCUCGAAACUUCUCUGCCUUUAUGCUUUCACAGGCUAAUAUUAGUGCCCAGGAACCUGUUAUGUUAGGCAAUACAUUUUGCGAAGAGCCUUGACGUUCCCGUUUUCCAAACGAAAACAAGUGGUCUGCGGUGAUGUCAGUGAACUUGAAUAAAAAAAAAUGAAAAAUAUAUAUGAGUGAAUAAGACUGAAGAACUGUCAGUUGACAAUCCGCCCCCAUUGUAAUUUCUGAAACAGUUUAAGUAUUGUUGUUGUUGUUUCGUCUCCGGUAUAGAGAAAAUGGAUGGUCGAACGCGCAUGCGUCAUUUAUCCCGAGUAGUUGAAGCAUCAAUAGAAUAACGAAUAAUAGAACGGAAAUGAGAAGACGUCAUCUAAUCAUCUAAAAUAAACUCUGCUACUGAUGACCUCGCAGUUAUUAGCCAUAAAAUCAUUGCCGUAGGACACAAAGAAGAUAUAGGUACAUCACAAUCUAUCUGCUCUGCUCGAUGGGAAUUUAAAUUGUUUUUUGUUUUUUUUUACCAGUAAUUAUUGGUAUACAAGUUCGAUUGAAAUCAUGUAUUACUUUGUUAAACUUCUGAUAGUUUUGGUUGUUUUUACUAUCUUUGUGAGCUGUGGGCCUAUCAGAGGCAAUUUAAAGAGGAGAAAAGCAGAGGAAAAAGGCCAUGACGAAGGUAUUUUCAGCAAAAUUAUGAAAUGCAACAAGAAGGCAAAACCAUGGCAUAAUCAAAAAAAAAUGGACCUUUUUCAAGGAGAUAUCAUAAUGACGCCUGAAAUACGCAGAGCAAUAAAACAUAGCGGUCCUGACUACAUAAUUCUUGAUGAAACGCACUCAACAAAUAGUCGCAGACGUGGAAAGAGACCUAGUUCCCGAGGGCGGCAGAGGAGAGCUGCGAUGGCGGCGAAUGGAACUGGAAUAUGGCCAUCCGUAAACGGAGAAGUCAGGAUACCUUACGUUCUUGAACAAUCGCUUAGUGCAAGUGCGCAGUCUGCGAUCCUAUCAGCGAUGGGCAACUGGACCACUUACGUGCCGUGCAUCAAAUUUGUAGAGAGGCAAACACAGGUAGACUACAUCAGCUUCUUCAACGGUAUCGGAUGCUACUCUGAUGUUGGGCGUAUCGGCCGUAAACAGACCAUUUCUAUAGGCACUGGAUGUGACGUCAUGGGUAUUGCUGCGCAUGAGAUAGGUCACGCCUUGGGCUUCUGGCAUGAGCAGUCUCGCCCUGACCGGGACAAUUACGUCAGGAUUCUUUGGGAUAACAUCGAGACUGGUAGAGAAGACGACUUCAAGAAGAUCCUAGGAGGCGCCAUAGACAGUCGGGGAGUGGACUACGACUUUGACAGCCUGAUGCACUAUGGGCCAACGACAUUUGCCAAAUCCCAAGGUCUCAACACCAUUGUCAAACUAGACAAUACCACGGAAUUUGGUCAGCGGACUAACCUUAGUGACGGCGAUACCCUGCAAGCCAGGCUGAUGUACUGCAACGACUGCAACUUGACAAACGCGUACACAACGUGCCCUGGGUGGAAAGAACAAGGAUACUGCGAGGAGAAUAGCCAAUACUAUGAUUUCAUGCUUAAUAAUUGUCAACGUUCCUGCCAUUGUGACGUGUGUGAGAAUAACCUGUUAAACUGCUCAGAUUGGGCGAGCAAUGGUCUAUGUACUGACACCGCAUACGAGGCGUACAUGGCGAUAUACUGCAGACAAAGUUGUCAGCGGUGCAGCUAGCUUAUAUUUGCUGUAGGGACACACACAGACAGACAGACGGACGGACGAAUGGACAUUCAAGAAUAUUCAAUGUCACAUAUCAAAAUAUAUUUAUCAAUCAGGUAGAAGCUGCUCAUAUAUUGACUAUAAUCUGUACCAGCUGAGCGGCAAAGAACACAAAAAAUAAUGGUUGUUAUAAUAAGAUAAUAAAUGGAAACGAAGAAAA